AUGAUGGUUCGCCCCGGCAUCCGCCUCAUGGGCCGGAUGCCUACCUCUACUCUUCUUAGGGCAUCGACCCCCCUCCCCCUCCGCCACCUCUCGACCACGAUCCCCCGCUACGAGCCCAGCAACGCUCUCAUGCCCAAGACGGUCGAGCGGGACGAGCAGCGCGGCCCAAUUGUGGGCACGACCGGUCCUGGCGCUGACGGUCCUCACCCGAGUGAACGCAUCGAACCCGUUGCGACGGUGACCCACGACCACGGCAACUGGACGAUGAUGAACCCGAUCUACACCGAGCCCGAACUCGACUGCGUCAAGGUCGUCGGCCGCGAGCCGGUGACCGUCGGCGACAAGGCGGCGCACGGCAUGGUCAAGAUGCUCCGCCGCCUCUUCGACAUGUUCUCGGGCUACAUUGCCAAGGACGUGCCCGCCAGCGUCCUGAAGGAGAACCCGAACGCGAUCGCCGAGCUGCGCAAGUCCGGCGAGCUUCUCAGCGACAAGGACUGGAUGACCCGCAUCAUCCUCCUGGAGAGUAUCGCGGGCGUCCCUGGCAUGGUGGGCGGCACGCUUCGUCAUCUGAGGAGUCUGCGUCUGCUCCGCCGCGAUGGUGGCUGGAUCCACACCCUCCUCGAGGAGGCCGAGAACGAGCGCAUGCACCUGCUCACGUUCCUCACGGUCGCUCAGCCAGGAUGGUUCACGCGCGCCCUCGUCAUGGCCGGCCAGGGAGUGUUCUACCCCAUGUUCUUCCUCACGUACCUCGUUGCUCCUAAGCUUGCGCACCGCUUCGUCGGCGCGCUCGAGGAGGAGGCGGUGAGGACAUACUCGCACUGCAUCAACGACGUGGAGAAGGGCUUCGUCCCCGAAUGGACGGACAAGCCCGCCCCCCAGAUCGCUAUCGACUACUGGCGCCUCAAGCCCAAUGCCUCGCUCCUCGAUGUCAUCAAGGCCGUCCGCGCCGACGAGGCCACGCACCGCUUCGUGAACCACUCCCUCGCCGAUCUCGACCAAACCCGCGACUUUAACCCAUUCGCGCUCGCUGAGGCGCCUGCCGAGAUCCGCGGCACCAAGUUCGGCUUCACCCGUGACGAGAGCGCCCAGUUUGCCGUCGAGAGCCAGCGCAAGCUCCUUGGCCAGUCGCACGGCGGUAUCAGCCCCCCCAAGGAGAAGGACGAGGUCGAGGGCCAGAACAGCAAGAAGGUCGAGACCGAGUAA